ACAACAAAAUGGUUCACGGACCUCCGGCACGCAGAAAAUCCCAGCAGCAGCAUCAACAGCAGCCAUGCGAGAUGGAAUUGGAGCCACAGCCCACGCCGCCGGAUGGAGGCUGGGGCUGGGUGGUGGUCUUUGGCUCCUUCAUGAUACACAUAGUCACCGAUGGCAUGACCUACUCCUUUGGCAUCUUCUACAAUGAGUUCCUGGAAUACUUCAACGAGGGCAAGGGCUAUACAGCCUGGAUAGCCUCCAUAAUGGUGGGCGUGACCUUUUCGUCGGGUCCCAUUAGCUCGUCGUUUGUCAAUCGGUACGGCUGUCGAGCGGUGACCAUAGCGGGUUCCAUUCUGGCCGCCGGCUGCAUCAUCGUGAGCAUGUUCGCCCAGAAUGUGCUCACGCUGAUCAUCACCAUUGGCUUCGGCACGGGUCUGGGCUUCGGCCUGAUCUACCUGCCAGCAAUUGUGAGCGUGACGCAGUACUUUGAGGCAAAGCGAUCUCUAGCUACGGGGAUUGCCGUAUGCGGUUCGGGAUUUGGCACCUUUGUCUUUGCACCGCUAACGGAGUAUCUGAUUGGCAACUACGGCUGGCGCGGUGCGAUGCUCAUUAUCGGCGGCAUUGUGCUCAACUGCAUCAUCUUUGGGGCCAUGUUCCGACCGCUGGAAGUGGAGACGGCGCCGCAGACGCCGCCAAAUACGCCCAGCACACCAAAGUUGGGCAAAAAGUCGGCCAUUAUAGAUCAGAAUACUACGCCAGCGGAACUGGAGCCGCUGAAGAUCUUGCCCAAGGACCAGUACCUACAGUUACCACAGCGCACGGAUACACCGCAGACGGGCGGAGCUCUCUGUCGCUCCAAUAGCGUCGGACACAACCUCAAGCCCAGUUUGAACAACAACUCGAAUGGAGCCAUCAAUGGCCAGCAGGGACCCACCUUGGUCACUCCACCCACGUCGGUGGUGGUAAAGAGCACCAGCAAUGAUGACAUUGCCCGCAAGUUCCACAGUCAGCUGCAGCUGACACCGCUUAAGGAUGCCCAUCGCGAGCGGAGUGCCAGCGGUACCAUGUACCGUCCGGAUGCCCUUUACCAGGGAUCCCUGCACAAUCUGCCCGACUAUGUGAGCUCAAGGAAUGAUUUAAACCGCUCCAUGUCCGGUUCGGGAGUAAUCAAGCGAUACGGAUCACUGCGUCAGAACAACAAUCUAUCCCAGAGUAUGGAGGAGACCAAAUGCUGUGGCUGCAUCACCUGCUCCAAGGAGACCCGCGACACGUUCGCCGAAAUGAUGAACUUUUCGCUGCUGAAGGACGUCAUCUUUGUGAUCUUCUCGGUGUCCAAUUUCUGCACAAGCAUCGGUUUCAAUGUCCCAUACUUGUAUGUGGCAGCCUAUGCCGAGACUCUGAAAAUAACCAAGUCGGAGGCGAGCUACCUGAUAGCCACCAUUGGAGUGGCCAAUACGGUGGGUCGCAUUGUCCUGGGCUACAUAUCGGAUAAGCCAUGGGUGAACCGACUGCUGGUCUACAAUCUGUGCCUGACCGCCUGCGGCGUGGCCACUGUGAUGGUGCCCCUGUGCCAUGACUAUAGAUCUUUGACCCUCUACUGCACCGCCUUUGGUUUCACGAUCGGAGCCUAUGUGGGCCUGACCUCGGUCAUUCUGGUGGAUCUGCUGGGUCUGGACAAGUUGACCAAUGCCUUUGGCCUGCUGCUGCUCUUCCAGGGCAUUGCUAGCUUCAUUGGUCCCCCGAUUGGAGGUUGGAUGUACGAUCUGACGAACUCGUACUCGCCGGCUUUCCUUAUGGCCGGUCUGAUGAUAGGCAUCAGUGGCCUGGUGAUGUUUGCCAUUCCGCCGCUGCAGCGGCUCCAGGCCCGCAAGUCGGAGCAGAAGGCCCAUGCGGAGCAUAUGUCUUUAAGUUAGUCCCAUGACUUGUUCGGUUUCCCCUCUCUUUUUUGUUUUUUUUUUUUUUUCAAUUGUAAAGCAUAUAUAAAUGUAUAUAUGUUGUACUUGGUAGUUGUUAAGUCCUAGACCUAGGUCAGACCUGUAUGUAUGUAAAAGAUAUAGCAUAUACGAUUAUUAAUGUAUAGGCAACUACCCUUGACCCUUGACUACCCUUUCCCUUGGCAAGUAAUGCAUGCAAAUGUUAACCUAUAUAUGUAUCUAUAACAUAUAUAAGUAUGUGAAUUCAUAUGCAAAUUGUA